AUGGCUUUGGCUUGGCAAAUUCAGUGCACUGCUUCACCAAUACUCCCUUCUCUUACCUUCUUCAAACGAAAAUCUUCUUCAACCACCUCUCUCUCUCUCCCGCUCACUCGCUCUGUCCGCUUACGCUCCACUCACGCGCCGUCUUCUAGUCCCGUCUCCGCUUCCCUCUCCUCCGUCGAAUUUCCCACCUCCGUCGACGGUCUUGGUCACAAUAAGACGCCUCUCCUGGAAGUCAAAGGCUUAACUGCUGUGAUUGCUGAAACCAAGCAGGAGAUCCUCAAAGGCGUUGACCUCGUCGUUAACCAUGGAGAGAUCCAUGCUAUAAUGGGAAAGAAUGGCUCCGGGAAGAGUACGUUUUCUAAGGUUCUUAUUGGGCAUCCGGAUUAUGAGGUGACUGGAGGCAGUGUUGUGUUUAAGGGAGAGAAUUUGCUUGACAUGGAGCCGAAGGAAAGGUCUCUUGCCGGACUUUUUAUGAGUUUUCAGUCUCCGGUUGAGAUCCCUGGUGCAUUAUUGACAUUUUCUUGUUCUUCUCUUUUAAUCAAUAACAAAAUGAGAAGAUCAAAAGUUUCCAUGGUUAAGUUACUUUUGCAGUUCUAUGCUUAUAUAUAUCCUAAACUUGAUCUCGUGAACAUGAAGACUGACUUCCUUAACCGAAAUGUCAAUGAAGGAUUCAGUGGAGGUGAAAGGAAGCGCAAUGAGAUUUUGCAGCUUGCGGUUCUUGGAGCAGACUUGGCUAUACUUGAUGAGAUUGAUUCUGGACUAGAUAUUGAUGCCCUUCGAGAUGUAGCAAAAGCAGUAAAUGGCCUUUUGACUCCGAAUAACUCAGUUUUGAUGAUAACUCAUUAUCAACGAUUGUUGGAGUUUAUUAAACCAACAUUCAUCCAUAUUAUGGAGGACGGAAGAAUCAUAAAGACAGGAGAUAGCUCCUUAGCCCAAGUUCUUGAGGAGAAAGGCUAUACUGCAAUUUCUUCUGCAUAGCAUAAAAUUUUGAAUCUCCUCUGCUCCACUGUGAACUACAAUGAGAAUUCAGGUGAUCAGGUUCCACCAUCUUUUAAAAGGGAGCAUGGAGCCUCAACCCUUAGGUAUGAACAAUGGUGCCGUAUACUGUUUUGGUUUAAUAUUUAACGGACCUCUUAUUUUCAUGUGAGUUUUAGGGUUUGCCCACUUGGCGAUUGGGAAAUUAG